UUCAAAAACAACUAGAUUUGACGCAAAACAGCCAAAUUGGCAUCCCUGAUGCUAAUCGAUGUACCAAUGUGCUGCCUCACAAUCAGCUGUUUUCGGCAAUGCAACAGCACCAAACAUUUGCAAAUUGCAGCCACAAAAAUCAUUGCAUGCCAAAUGAGAAACUUAUUGGUGCCCCAAGCAGGCGCCAGUGGUGGCACUGACUUUGAAAAAAAGGAUGCGUUGCUGGGAUUUGCUCUCGACCUGCCGGAUGAACAACUGGAUACCGCUGUGCUGCAGCUGCAGGCCGCUGGCCAUAGCCUUCAGCAGCACAACAACAACAACAGCGCGGCUGAUUAUCACUCUCAGCUGCUGCAGUGCGUUGACUUAUUGCCACCAAUGAGCGAAGCAACUCCUCUCUCUGGUGUUUACCGUACCUCAGCCGUGCAGGACUAUCAUGAGACUUAUAGUUUUGAUGGUAACGCUGGUGCGGCCACCGAGCUGGUGAAUGUGGCCAACAAAGACUGUGAUUCGUUGUCCAAGCUGGCCUACAAUUUGUGGCGCAUGGCCAAGGAGGAUCACAUUGUUAUUGAUCGCAAACGCAACGAAGUUGUGCGCACCAAUGCGCUAACCAAUCAAAAGACCAUCUAUCGCUGCAUGGAUCCUGUCGGCAUGUGCAUGCGUAAGGGAACGGCAGCGGCAACGACUCCGCCAAAACCGAGUGCCACCAAGGUAGGGCGACCGCGCAAACGCACAGCUACCGCAUCGGGUGUAUCGGAAAAUUCAAUAUCAGCACCAGUUUCAAAAAUGGAACCGACAGAGCCAACGCCACAGCCGUCAACAGAUGCAACUUUACGCACACGAUCCGGUCGUAUUGUGCGUACACUGAUUACACCGCCCACUUCGCAUGCUCCAGGUCCAGUUCCAGCUUCAGCACAACAGUUGGAUUCAUUAUUAUCUGAUCUGAAGGACAAGGAUUAUCGCUGUAAUAGUGCAGCGCCCACUACAGAUAUAGCCACGGAUACAGUGCCAUCUCCCAGCCCUGCUGAACGACCAGGUCGCACUGUACCAGAAAAUUCCAUAUGUCCGGGCUGCAAUAAAAUUUUUCUGGGGCGUCGUCUCAAACGUCAUUUUGUGCAAUAUCCGGAGCACAUGCAGCGCGCAACGCCAACCACUAGCCAAAUCGACUCUAAUUCCCAGUCCAAUUCAACACUCUUUGGAUUACUGACUGCUCAGCUGCAGCGUCACUCCCAUCUCAGCGAAGAGCAGCGUGCCGAUCUCUUUUUGCAUGAACUCAACGAUUUUGUGGAGCAGCUGCAGUUGCGAAGCACACGUCUUAUACGCAACACAUCCGGCUUGCAUUUUGUGAAUGCACGGAUCGCUCGCGUCCUUGGCAUACCCGAAGGCCAGUACGCAUUGGACAUGUCUGCGAUGGAGUCUGCGUUGGCGCCAGCUCCGGAACCAGAACCAUCUCUGCUGCACGCCAGCACUGUGGCUGGGACGCGUAGCAAUCUGGUGGAUUAUCCAGGACUAAGUAUGUCAUUGGACGACACUUUGACGGAUGAGGCAGCACAGCGGUUGAAUCUAUCAGCCGGUGGUAAACUGUUGCCGCCCAGCGAGGAAAGUUUACUGCGGAAUGUGAGCGAUCUUAUGCAGCCACCGGUGGCAGUGCCCACGACUGUUGGCGGUCAUGUGGCGGGCGUUAAUGGGGCGGGUGUUGGCGCCCUCUUGCCGCAUUACGAUCAUGUCAGCGAUAAUGCCGUUGAGGCACUCAACAUGAAGGAGACACCCAACGCGGCCAUUUUGGAUCUCAACGUCGACUUCUUUCAGUUCCAACAAUAACAUGCCAAGGCCAAACAAAUGCUUUUACAAAUUGCGAAUGUAUUACUAUUAUUAUUAAUAUUUUUUUAUUACUAUAGUUAUUAGUUAGCCUUACAAUGUUUACAAGAUAUACCAUGAAAUGUACAGUUAGUAGUAGCCAUGAAAUAUAAGCGAAGAAAUA